UCGCCCCAACCCCCUACGAUGGCCUGUCUCGCGUCGAGUAAUUUCAUCCGACGCUCAGUCUCCCUCAGACUCCUGCCGCUGACCCUCGCCUCUUCGCGCAGGAGGCUUGUCAGACUUCCCCAUCUGCCUUUGGUCCGCAACAUGAGUGACGAGGUGGCGGCCGCUAAGGCUGCGUCCUCCGAGAGCAAGCACCAGCCCACCAUCUUCGACAAGAUCAUUGACAAGUCCAUCCCGGCCGACAUUGUUUACGAGGAUGACAAGUGCCUGGCCUUCCGUGAUAUCUCGCCUCAGGCACCAACACACAUCCUGGUGAUUCCCAAGAAGAGGCUGGCCAUGCUGAGUGAUGCUACUGAAGAGGAUAAUUCUCUUCUUGGUCAUCUCCUGCUUACUGCAAACAAAGUAGCUGCUCAAGAGAAACUUGACAAUGGUUUUAGGAUUGUGAUCAACAAUGGAAAAGAUGGGGCUCAGUCUGUGUACCACCUCCACCUCCACAUACUCGGUGGCCGCCAGAUGUCCUGGCCUCCUGGCUAAGACAGGGUGCUGAGGAAGCUGUAUACAGUCAGGCCACUUUUUGAAAGAAGUCAGAUCAUUGAGAUACCUAUAUGUUAACUGCAUCUAUAGUGAUUUGUGUAAUGAAUUUUCAGACUUGUGAUGUAAUCCUCUAUUCUCUGUGCAUAUUUGUCAUAUCACCAGUUUGGCUCCAAGAUGCAAAGUACCCUAUGAUAAAUACUUAAAUCUGCAGGGUAGGCUUAGCUGGUUGAGCAGUGUUUUCAAUAACAUUUCACAUAAUGGCUGUGUCGAAAUAUCUACAUUUCUGAAUUAUUGCUUGAGAAAGUUGUAGCAGCACUUUCCAUGUUGAUUCACAAGCUAGUAAUUGUGCCCUAAAGUUUUAAGAUAUUAUUGAUAUGACAUAUCUGUAAGUGGCCUACUGUAUAAGCUAUUAAAAGAAUAAACAUGAGUAGUCACACCAAGCAUAUUUUUGUUCUUCAUUUUAUUAUUGGUUUGAUUAUUUACAUUUGUAUAUCCUGGAUGACCAUGAAAUCAUCCAAUGGGCAUCAUUUAACAGAUUUGAUUGUGACUAUAAAUGUGCUCCAAUAAAUAUAAGUAAAU